AUGUCUGAGAGUCUUGAUCAUGGUAGCAUGACUCCUGGAUCAAUGUCUGAUGGUAGCAUGAAUAUGAGCCCAUCACACAUGAUGAUGCAUAUGAGUUUCUACUGGGGCAAAGAUGCUACAAUCCUAUUCUCUGGAUGGCCAAAUGGCAGCCUUAGCAUGUACGUGGUGGCUUUCUUCUGUGUUUUAUUGUUGGCUGCUGCUAUCGAGAUCUUUUCAGUCUCCCCAACAGCUAAAAUAGGCACUGAUAUUCCCUUGGGGGGUGCGUUUAUUCAAGCUAGUGUUUAUGCUGUUCGCAUGGGUUUCGCUUACAUGGUCAUGCUUGCUGUCAUGUCUUUCAAUCUUGGAAUAUUUAUAGCAGCCGUGGCUGGUCACACCAUCGGGUUCUUUCUAGUCAAGGCCCGUGCUCUUCCUAUUGCCAACCGAUCAGCCAACCAAAAUGAAAUCCCUCCUAAAGUUUGA